GGGAGGCUGGAGGUUUUUCACAGCGGCUCAUGGGGGACAGUGUGUGAUGACUCCUGGGAUAUUAAAGAUGCCCAUGUGGUGUGCAGACAGCUGCAGUGUGGAGUGGCCCUCAGUAACCAGCAGGUACCAGCCUGGUUUGGUCCUGGUUCUGGACACAUAUGGCUGGAUGAGGUGGAGUGUGAGGGGAAUGAGACGUCCCUGUGGAGCUGCUCUUCUUCAGGCUGGGGAAAACAUGACUGUAAUCACAAGGAGGACGUAGGAGUCGUGUGCUCAGGUAAACUUGCUGCUAAAUUGUUAACUGAGGGCUGUGAAGGGAAUGUGGAGGUCUUCUACAAUGGAUCCUGGGGUAAUGUGUGUUUAAACCAGAUAGACAGAGACACAGUGAGUCUGAUCUGUCAAGAGCUGAACUGUGGAAGAUCUGGUGUUUUGUCUGAUUCUACAUCAAGACUGAAAUCAGCUCCUAACUGGCUGGAUAAAGUUACAUGUCGACCACAUGAUUCCUCUUUAUGGCAGUGUCCAUCUUUACCCUGGGGACAGAAUAACUGUGGUGACGAUGAAGUGGCCAAAAUCAUCUACCAGAAGAUCCAUGAGUCUCCUCGAAGCUCUCUGACAUGCUCCACAUCUCCCCAUCAGAGACGGUGUUCAGAUUUGCCAGAUUUAUCAGUGUCCACUUCUCCUGCCACAACAACAUCAGCUUCUCCUCCAGUUUCUCCUCCAGUUUCUCCUCCACUGCGCUCAACAUCAGUCUCUCCUCCACAAACUCUCUCCGUCCCCCCAGUGCUUGUGAUUGUUCUGGGAGCUGUGCACUUACUGCUCUUAGUGCCACUGCUUAUACUGAUUCAGCAGAACAGAGUGAUGAGGAGAGCUCUCUCUAAGAGGAGAAACAAGAUGAAGACUGAGGCCGUUUAUGAGGAGAUUCAGCACAGAUCCACUAACAGACACAGUCUCUUCACUCAGAGGGGAAGUGUCUUUUCUGGAGAACAGCAUUCUGGGUAUGAAGAUGCUGAUGAGCUUCUUUCAGCAGAAAGAACCAAACCUGAAUACCAUAAUGAUUUCUCCAGCAUUGAAGCCCCAACAGAAAAGCAACAAAUCACAUCAGAGAACUAUGAUGAUGUCAUCACUGCUGGACUGAGACAUGCUACAGAUGACUUGCCCGAAAACUAUGAUGAUGUCAUCAUCAUACGACAGUUCUCCAAUGAUAACAAAGAGGGUGUUCAGGAGGAGUAUGAUGAUGUGAAGAAUGUCAGCGAAUAUAUGAGUGACAUGUUUGACUAUGAUGAUGUGGAGGAGGAUCCAGGAAAACAGACAGGAGCUGUUUAACUCAAACCUCACACACUGCCUCAAAUCCUUUUAAAGCUUUUAAGAUUUUAGCAAUCUUACUAUAUGUGUUUCAGUUGCAGUCUAAACAGUGUUUUGAUACAUCCUGUACUGAAAUAUACAAUUAC